AUGAUCAAAAUCAUUGGAAUCGCGUUGGUUCUCUGGGGUGGAUAUGGUUCUGGUAUGUGGACACCUGUGAGUACCGAUUCUUCCGUUUUCACCGUUCAGCCUCGCCGUUUGGAACCCGAUCUUGGAAAUUCUGAAAUGCCUCCCGCGGAUGAAACGGAGCAGCUGCUUCAAGGAGGUGCAUCGGAAAGUGAUGAGGAGGAAGGAGAUUGCUGUCCAAACUGCCGAACAUGCAUGAAUAAAUGUUCCCGGGGCUGCUUUCGAGCCUGCGUGAGCGUAUGCUUUGGAUACCGGGGCGAGCAGAACUCUGAAGAAGAUGAACGUGUUCGGCUU